AUGGAGGAAAUGUCUCCAGAGUAUGACGUUAUUGUGCUGGGCACAGGCUUGACGGAAUGUGUUCUUUCAGGCGUUUUGAGUGUUAAGGGGCAGAAGGUCCUCCACAUCGACCGAAAUGAUCACUAUGGCGGUGAAGCUGCUUCCGUCAACAUAGAAACUCUCUUUCGAAAAUUCCGCGAUGUCAAGCCCGGAGAGAAGCCAUGGGAGAAAUACGGCAGAGUGAAUGAUUGGAAUGUCGACCUGGUCCCGAAACUGCUCAUGUCGAAUGGAGAAUUGACCAACAUCCUCGUCUCAACUGAGGUUACCAAGUACCUUGAAUUCAGACAGAUUGCUGGCAGCUAUGUCCAGCAGGGCAAUGGACCAAAGGCCACUGUUGCCAAGGUCCCCUCAGAUGCUGGAGAGGCUCUUCGAUCUUCUCUGAUGGGCAUGUUUGAGAAACGACGUGCAAAGAAGUUCCUUGAAUGGGUGGGCGAGUUCAACGAGGAAGAUCCCGCCACUCACCAAGGACUCAACCUGGCUACUUGUACCAUGAAGGAUGUCUAUGACAAGUUCCAGCUCGAGGCCACCACUCGCGACUUCAUCGGACAUUCCAUGGCCUUGUACCAGUCUGACGAUUACAUCUCACAGGUCGGAAAGGCCGCUGAGACUAUCAACCGCAUCCGAUUGUACGUCAACUCCAUGGCUCGCUACGGAAAAUCUCCAUAUAUCUACCCACUUUACGGGCUUGGAGAGCUCCCACAGGGCUUUGCCCGUUUGGCUGCCAUCCACGGUGGAACUUAUAUGUUGAACACGAACAUCGAUGAGGUUCAGUAUGAGGAUGGAAAGGUUUCUGGUAUCAAGGCCACCAUGAAGGAGCGAGGCGAGCCCGGUGAUGGAUUCUCUUUCACAACCAAGACUAAGAAAAUUCUGGCCGACCCCUCGUACUUCCCUCACAAGGCCAAGGUCGUUGGUCACUUGUUGAAGGCAAUCUGCAUUCUGACCCACCCCAUUGAGAAGACUGACCAAAGCGACUCCCUGCAACUCAUCCUCCCUCAGUCGCAAGUUGGAAGAAAGCACGAUAUCUACAUUGCUAUGGUUUCAUCUGCACACAACGUUUGCCCCAAGGGUUACUACAUUGCUAUCGUCUCAACUAUCGCCGAGGGUGAAGCAAACCAUCAUCUCGAGCUCCAGCCAGGCUUUGACCGUCUAGGCAAGAUCGAAGAGACGUUCAUGGGACCCCCAAUCCCGCUUUAUGAGCCACUCGAGGAUGGCAAGAACGACCAUGUUUAUAUCUCCAAGAGCUACGACUCAACAAGUCACUUUGAAACUACAACCGACGAUGUUCAAGAUAUCUACCGCCGAUCUGAGGGACAUGAGCUGGUCGUCGAAGGCCUCAGAGAGGGCGAGACCCUGGGGUUUAAAUCCUAUGCGGUGCGAACGGUCAUAUCUGGGUGGGAUGAGUCCUUUAAUUCCAUUACCGGCCUUAACGGCAGUGGUAAAUCCAACAUUCUCGACAGCAUAUGUUUCGUGCUAGGAAUCACCAAUAUGAGCACCGUUCGAGCUCAGAACCUACAAGAUCUUAUAUAUAAGCGAGGCCAGGCGGGAGUCACCAAAGCCAGCGUCACAAUUGUUUUCGAUAACCGCGACAAGUCGAUAUCGCCGAUCGGAUUUGAAGAAUAUGCUACGAUCUCGGUUACCAGGCAAAUUGUCCUAGGUGGAACAAGCAAGUACUUGAUCAACGGCCACCGUGCACAGCAACAAACAGUGCAGAAUCUUUUUCAGAGUGUUCAAUUAAAUAUAAAUAACCCAAACUUUCUGAUUAUGCAAGGCCGUAUAACGAAAGUGUUGAAUAUGAAGCCCGUCGAGAUUUUGGCAAUGAUUGAAGAAGCUGCCGGAACCCGAAUGUUUGAGGAUAGGAAGGAGAAAGCGGCAAAAACGAUGGCCAAGAAAGAGAUGAAAGUACGAGAGAUUGAGGGGCUAUUACAGGAGGAAAUCGAACCUAAGCUGGAGAAGCUAAGAGGGGAGAAAAGGGCGUUCCUUGACUUUCAACAAACGCAGAAUGACCUCGAACGAUUGACGAGACUGGUUGUUGCCCAUGACUAUCUAAAGUAUGGUGAUCGUCUGCGAUUAAGUGCGGAAGAGGUUGAGAAAAGAAAACAGAAAAUUGAAGAUUUGGAAGCCAACGCUACAAGGAUGAAGGGAGAAAUUGCGAACCUGGAGGAGGAUGUGAAAAAGGUCAAGGAGGCCCGUGACAAGGAAUUGAGGAAAGGGGGCAAAUUCCAAGCGUUGGAAGAUAAAGUGAAGAGCUACUCUCAUGAGAUGGUUCGACUAGCAACAUUGAUUGACUUGAAAAAGUCAAGCAUGGGCGAAGAAUCUAAUAAGAGAGAAGCGGCAGAAAAGGCUCUCACUGAGGUUCAAGCCACUUUAAAAGAUAAGAAAAAAAUAUACGAUAAGGUGCAGGCGCAAUAUGAUAAAGCCAAGGCAGAUUUCGAUGCUCAAACCGCCGAAGUGGAACAGAAGGAGGAGCUUUUGCAGACACUACAAACAGGAGUUGCCUCAAAAGAGGGCCAUGAAAAUGGCUACCAGGGACAACUUCAAGAUGCUAGAAAUCGCGCCAGUGCGGCUGCCACGGAACAAGAACAGGCCAAGCUCAAAAUCUCCCACUUGGAAAAACGCAUCAAGGAGGAAGAGCCUCGGGCGAAGAAAGCUGCUGAGCAGAAUAAAGGUCUGCUAAAGGACCUUGAAUCUCUGAAGAAACAAGCUCAAAAGCUCGAGGCAGAGCUUGCAAAACAGGGAUUUGAACCUGGGAAGGAGGAAAGGAUGUACGAAGAAGAGUCAAAUCUCCAGAGGAGCAUACGCGAACUUCGUGGCGAGGCCGAUGGUCUAAAACGCAGAGUUGCAAACAUCGACUUCAACUACUCCGAUCCUAGCCCCAACUUCAACAGGUCUAAAGUCAAGGGUCUUGUUGCCCAACUUUUUACCCUCGAUAAGAACCAUUCUCAGGCAGCAACCGCACUAGAAAUUUGUGCCGGCGGUCGUCUAUACAACGUUGUAGUCGAUAGCGCAGAAACCGGAACAGCGCUUUUGCAGAACGGCAAACUUCGAAAGCGAGUUACCAUUAUUCCGCUAAACAAGAUAUCCGCAUUCCAGGCAUCGGCUGAAAAAAUAGGGGCGGCAACCGAUCUGGCCCCUGAAAAGGUAGAUCUUGCAUUGUCCCUAAUAGGAUAUGAUGAGGAAGUCACUGCGGCUAUGCAGUAUGUGUUCGGGUCAACGCUGAUCUGCCAUGAUGCGGCGACUGCUAAGAAAGUCACCUUUGACCCUUCAGUUCGCAUGAAGAGCGUGACCCUUGAAGGAGAUGUUUAUGACCCUUCAGGAACCUUGUCAGGUGGUAGUGCGCCAAAUUCAAGCGGUGUUCUCCUUAUUCUGCAGAAGUUGAACGGAAUUAUGAUGGAAUUGAAGUCCAAAGAGAGAGCUCUUCACAUAUUACAAGAUACUAUGGCCAGGGAAAAGAAGAAGAUGGAUCUCGCGCACUCAACAAAACAGGAGCUUGACCUCAAACUCCACGAAAUUAAACUCACGGAAGAGCAGAUAAAUGGGAACUCGUCGUCAUCUAUCAUUCAUGCCGUAGAGGAGAUGAGAGAGAACAUAACGCAGCUGAAGAACGAUAUAACAGAUGCAAAAUCUCGCCAUGCUGAAGCCGCCAAGGAUAUCAAACGUAUUGAGAAAGACAUGAAUGAGUUUAGCAACAACAAGGACAGCAAGCUUGCCGAACUCGAGUCUUCCCUUAAUACGUUGAAGAAAACGCUGAGCAAAAACUCCAUUUCCGUGAAGACACUCCAGAAGGAACUCCAAGCAUCGCGGCUCGAGUCUGAACAAGCCGGCAGUGAUUUGACGACAGCUGAGGAACAAUUGGCUGAGGCUGAUCAAGUCUUGAAGUCUCAGAUGGAGGAAUUGGAGGAAAUGGGCAAAGAACAAGCUCGAGUAAAGGAAAACCAUGAUACCGCCCAGGCCCAGCUUGAAGAUGAGCAGGCACAACUCACCAGGUUCGAUGAUGAGCUUAGAGACCUAGAUGAGGCCAAGCAAUCCAAAUCUGCACGAAUAACAGAAGAGGCCCUGGAAUUGCAAAAACUCGGCCACAAGCUUGAAAAGGUAUACAAGGACCAACAAGGUGCUGCCCAGCUCGUGUCAAACAUGGAGAGCGAAUACGAAUGGAUCGCGGAGGAGAAAGAUAGCUUUGGCCGCCCUGGCACACCAUACGACUUCAAGAACCAAAACAUCGCCGAGUGCAAGGCGUCUCUGCGCAAUGUGACCGAACGAUUCCAGGGAAUGAAGAAAAAGAUUAACCCCAAGGUCAUGAAUAUGAUCGACAGCGUUGAGAAGAAGGAAGCUUCGCUCAAGAAUAUGAUGAAAACAGUCAUCAGAGACAAGCGAAAGAUUGAAGAGACUAUUAUCAGUUUGGAUGAAUAUAAGAAAGAAGCCCUGCAGAAGACCUGGUCCAAAGUCACUGCAGACUUUGGCCAGAUAUUUUCAGAACUUCUUCCUGGAAGUUUCGCUAAGCUCGAUCCUCCUGAAGGCAAGGAGAUUAGCGACGGUCUUGAAGUCAAAGUCAGCCUGGGUAAGGUAUGGAAGCAGAGCUUGACAGAGCUCAGUGGUGGUCAGCGGGAAACCCUGUCGACCAGCAAGCGCGGAACUUUAAAGACGAUCAGUUUGCCCCGAGGCUCCCAACGCAUCGCCGCCACUCCUCCGAAUCUCCAAAGAGACCACUUGGACACCAAACACACAUCACCACCAGGAACACGCGAUCCUUGGGAUCCCUCGCAUUCCUUGAUGACUUCAUUCAUGGCCGACACGGAGCCGUCAAUUAAUAUUCCGUCGCUCAUCACUUUCGCCGUCGUCUCAUUCUUCGUCUUCCGGUGGUUUUUCUCGUCGCGCAGCACAUCAUCCCAGAAUGACAAUGCGCAGAGUGGAAGAGGAGGGGCUCAGAGAGUCGAUGCGGUGCAGCUAGAUCAGCUAGCUCAGAUGUUUCCGCAGUUAACCAGGAGAGAGCUCCUGUGGGAUUUACAGCGGAAUGGUGGGAGUGUGGCUGCCACGACGGAGAGGAUAUUGACAGGAAGAGGACUGGAGAGACCACCUCCGACAUUCCAACCUCAAAUACCGGCUGCCUCAACUCCAACGGAAACUACUUCUCCUACACCACAGACAGCCAAACCUGUAAUGACGAAUCUCAUCUCACGGUACAACCUUCAAUCGAAAAUAGACACCGAGUCAACAGAAAGUGAAGCGACCGGGGCCGAUUCGGGCGAUUCCACGAUCCUCCGGCAAGAAAGUGCUUGGUCGCGUGAUAAACUUGAGAGGCAGAGGCUUAUGCAGAAACGACGGGACGACAUGAUACUCAACGCGAGGAGGAAGAUGCUGGAGAAGGACAAAGCUGUAAAACAACAACAGCAAUAA